GUCUCGUUAAAUAGUUGUGACAUUAGAAAGUUCUUUAAGGAUUCAAACGCAAAAACUAAAAGGUUUUGGCCCAAUAGGCAAUAUAUACAAAGGAAACAUAUAAUAAGAAUUACGUUCUUAUAAUGUUAUUCUCUUUUAACUCUUAUUGCUUCAUUCCAAAGUUCAACAAACCCUUUACUUCUCAGAGUUCCAAACCAUGAAUCUCUCUAUGUUCUCUCUUUUCCUAGCUUACAUGAACCGUUUCAACAGCAGUAAGAGCAGCAAUGCAAAGGUCCAACCCAGAGCGAUCUCAAAAACCUCACAAAAGAGUCUUCAAACGGUGCCUUCAACUAUGGCAGAGACAUGGGCCACGCUGAGCUCAACCAUAGCCAGCAUCAUGUUUGCUUGGGCCAUAGUUUGCCAGUACUCUCCAUACGAAGUCCGCCACUUAAUCGACAAGUUCAAGAAAAGACUCAAAGACUACCUCAACCCUUACAUUCAAAUUUCGAUCCAUGAAUUCACUGGCGACCGCAUGAAACGUAGUGAAGGUUACAACUUGGUUGAAGCUUACUUGAGCUGCAACACUUCCCGUAGUGCUAAGAGACUCAGAGCCGACCUUGAGACUGAUGGAGAGAGCUUGGUUUUGAGCAUGGAUGACUAUGAGAAAAUCACAGAUGAGUUUCAAGGUGUUCAAGUUUGGUGGGGUUUGGGAAAGAUAUCUGCAUCUUCAAGGUCUAAUUAUGCUGAGCAAGGAAAGAGGUAUUACAAGCUCACUUUUCACAAAAAGCAUAGAGAGUUGGUGACCAAGUCUUAUUUGGACCAUGUUAUGAAGCAAGGGAAGGAAAUAAGAACGAGGAAUCGGCAGAGGAGGCUUUAUACUAAUUGCGCUAAUUCUAUUAAGAUGUCGAGUGGUAUGUGGAGUCACAUACCGUUUGAUCACAAGGCGAGUUUCGAAACCAUGGGGUUGGAUUAUGCGAAGAAAAAGGAGAUUGUUGAGGACUUGCUGGCCUUUAGUAUGAACAAAGAGUUUUAUGAGAGAGCUGGGAAGGCUUGGAAGAGAGGGUACUUGCUUUAUGGCCCACCGGGGACAGGGAAGUCGACCAUGAUUGCAGCAAUGGCGAAUUUGCUUAACUAUGAUGUGUAUGAUCUGGAGCUGACUGCAGUGAAGGACAACACUGAUCUUAGGAGGCUUUUGAUUGAGACUACUAGUAAGUCUAUAAUUGUUAUAGAGGAUAUUGAUUGCUCUCUUGAUCUUACUGGUCAGAGGAAGGAGAAGAAGGUAGAGAAAUCUUGUUUGGUAGAUGAGAAAGAGACAGAGAAAGAGAAGGAAAAGCCUAAAAGGGAAAAGAAGCCAAAAGAGGAAGGCAACAGUGGCAGAGUCACUCUCUCAGGGCUUCUUAAUUUCAUAGAUGGGAUUUGGUCUGCUUGUGGGACUGAGAGGUUGAUUGUGUUUACUACAAAUCAUAUAGAAAAGUUGGACCCUGCUUUGAUAAGAAGGGGUCGAAUGGACAUGCAUAUUAAGCUUUCCUAUUGCAGCUUUGAAGGGUUCAAAGUUCUUGCAAAGAACUAUUUGAACCUUGAAAACCAUCAAAUGUUUGAUAGAAUUGAGAGUUUGAUUGGAGAAACUAAGAUGACUCCAGCUGAUGUUUCUGAGAAUCUCAUGCCUAAAUCGCCACAUGAUGAUCCAGAGAAAUAUCUUUUAAACUUGAUUAAGGCUCUUGAGGAAGCCAAGGAAGCAGCAGCUAAGAAGAAAGACAAGAAGUCAAAAGAGAUUGAGCCAGCCAAGAAAGAGGAAGUUUUAUCUCAAGAUAGUUUGGACAUUGAAAAAACAGAAUGAGUUAAGGAAGUCAUAAUUGUUAAGUGUACGGAAUAUGUAGUAGGAAGUUCAGCAGGAAACAAUAUCUGAUAGCCAGAGUCCUAUUUCAUAGUUAAUGUAAUGACUUUCUUUUCAUCUCAAAUGUCCUACUUGGAAAAUUA